AUGCUUGGCUGCUGUGGCUUUCUGAAACUGAAGCAUUUCUCAUGGCUUACGACAGCUGCUACGCAUGCAAAUCGAACAUUUACCUUGAUUGCAGCUAAUGACGUUCUAUUGGAUUCUUCUGUUAUGAAGUAUAGCCCAUCAGAUUGCCAGAGACCAGAACUUCUUAACAAAAACUUGGUGGAGGGAAAUAUUCUUCUUUGUGGCUAUUCGUUCAAUUUUGUUGUUGGUACUGCAUCAAUCAAGAAAGUCUCAGAAACAGCCAAGAGCCUUGGUGCAAUUGGGUUUGUUCUUGCCGUAGAAAAUGUUUCUCCAGGAACAAAAUUUGAUCCUGUCCCUGUUGGUACUCCUGGAAUUCUGAUUACAGAUGUUCGCCAGUCAAUGGAGCUAAUUGACUACUACAACAUCUCUACAUCAAGAGAUUGGACUGGACGCGUGAAGAGUUUCAAAGCUGUAGGUAGCAUUGCAGAUGGGUUGAAACCUAUACUCUACAAAUCAGCACCGCAAGUGGCUCUGUUUUCUGCUCGAGGGCCAAAUAUAAAAGAUUACAGUUUCCAAGAUGCUGAUCUUCUUAAACCAGAUAUUCUAGCUCCUGGAAAUCUGAUUUGGGCUGCCUGGGCUCCUAAUGGGACCGACGAAGCUAACUAUCUUGGUAAACAAUCACCUUUCCAGUUAACAUAG